UUGGAUACUAACCCUGCAUGUCAAAGGAGAAAGAUAUGAAUGGGAAUCCUAUUGCUGAUCAUUAUGAUUACAGACCUACUUCUGGACAUGCUGGUGGACAGAAGGGAGACACUUGUGUUGAAAGAGACUGUUUCUUUUCUCCUGCUUCUUACUAUGCAUCCAUAAUAUCACAUCUCCUCAGCCAGCCAGAACCUAACUGUGAGCUGGAUCCUAGCUUUCUUCUCCCUCCCUCACAGAAAACUGAACUGCUGUUCCAAAGUGCUGGGAAUGGCACAUCUUCAAGGGACAUCUCCUCCCCGAGUCCUGACUGUGGCUUGAUUAACUCUAGUCAGUUCCAUAAUGAACACCUGCAAGCUAAGAGGGCCAGGGUGGAACAUAUUAUCCGGGGAAUGAGCCUGACACCAAACCCUACAGUGCCUGGUAUCCAAGUGGAAAGAGAGCAACACCAUUUAGAGAAAGUAAAGGGGAGCUAUAGAGAGAACAAGAGAAAGCAGAGAGUUCCUCAGCAGCAGCAAAGUCUGCACAAGAUUUCUCUGGCAAGAGCUGGCCAAAAUGGUAUCCAGGUGGAAGAAUGCCUCCAGGUGAAAAAGCAACUCCACGUUUUGCAGCAGCAGCUGAAACAACUACAAGAGUGGUUUGCUCUGCCUUAUGAGCUGAAUGGUUCCAGUCCAAGCCAAGGAAGAAUGGAGAAGACUUUGGAUUUGCUGAAGGACAAGUUCGGACAAAGCUUGCAUAGUCAAGGUGUUUCAAGUGGCCAUUGCAGAGAUCGUUUUUGUGGAAGCAUCCCCAAGACGAGAGGAUCUGAAUGCUCAGAGAAAGGAACUAGAACAGCAGAUUCGCAUAGUCUGGCUUCAGAAGACAGAGCUCUUUCAGAGAUAUUGAAACAUGAGUUAAUACAGGUGGUGACACAGGCUGUGGACUCUGUUUUGAAGCAAGUAUUGCCUGAAUCACCAGACCCUCAGCCCCAUCUGCCAAGUAGUCCCACAGUAACAGUGUCCUCUACUGGGAGAGAAUUUACAGGUGCUGCAGCAAGUGCACCCAGAAAAUGGCUUCCUAAGAUUUCUUCCCAUAAAGGCACCAUGUCAGUAGCCACAGAAAAACCUCCAGCUUUCCCUUCUUCUUAUCCCAUCUGCUCAAAAAUGGAGAGAAAACCCGGCCAAGUACCACCCGUGAAUUAUCCCUUGGUCAUGACCUCUGAAGUUCAAGGAAAUGGUAUUUUUCGCCAAAUGCUACUAUGUGGUCAGAAUAGCCAUUGGGGCAGCCCCUCUCCAAAAAUGGUCCCUUCUCCAGAUUGCUUAGAUGGGCCAUGGCGACCAAUCAAACUGAAGUCAUCUGUCAUGAGACACCAACCAUGUCCAACACCAUGUAAAUCUGCUGAAAGUUUGGCCUCUCUUCCAGCUUCAAAUGCAGAGUUGGCUGAAAUGCAAGCUAUGAUGGACGGAAUGUAUUUCCCUUCAACACAUAUCCAGGAAGCUUUGACCCCUGGCCAUCUGAAAAAGGCUAAGCUGAUGUUCUUUUUCUCUCGCUAUCCCACAUCUUCUCUGCUGAAAACCUACUUCCUAGAUGUCCAGUUCACCCGCUGCAUCACCUCCCAGCUCAUCAAGUGGUUUAGCAACUUCCGUGAAUUUUAUUACAUCCAGAUGGAAAAGUUUGCCAGGCAAGCCAUCUUGGAGGACGUCACAGAUCCCAGCGACCUCAUUGUUACCAGGGACUCGGAGCUCUUCCGGAUCCUCAAUGUGCACUACAACAAAGGGAAUGAUUUUGAGGUUCCUGAUGGCUUCCUGGAUGUUGCUAGUCUGACCCUUCAGGAGUUCUUUAGUGCUGUCAGGGCAGGGAAGGAUUUGGAGCCGUCCUGGAAAAAGCCGAUUUACAAAAUAAUUUCCAAACUAGAUAGUGAAAUACCAGAUGCAUUUAAAUCCUCCACUUGCCCCAAAGAGCUUAACCAAGGUUAA